AUGUCAUUGAAUCGUUUAAAUUCAAAAACUGAAAUAUAUAAAUAUUUUCAAAAUGAUAUAAUAAAUAAUUAUAAAUCAGAUGAAGUUAUAACAAGACCAUAUUAUAUACGAAAUCGUAAUGCGUUUACAAGUAGAAAUUAUCUUAGUUCUCCAGCUCAUGGAUCAACAAAUAUUUAUACUGAAGAUGCUCAUGGAAAUCCAACAUGUAAUUUUGAUAUUCUUGAUCAAAUUUAUGAUAAUUAUCUUGCAAAUAAUUUCGUUCCAUGUGUUGAAUUUGAUUUAGUUCUAAAGUCAAGUGAACAACAAGAUUAUGAUUUAAAUGGAUGGAAAUAUCCACGAAAAGAUUAUAAUAAAUGA